CUCCCUGCCCCGCCUCAGGGAAGGGUGGUUAGAACAGGUGGUGUACCCCUUACCCCCACCCUCCUCUCCAUGUGCUUUUACUGCACCACAGGAAAGAGCUCCAGGGAAGACAGUGAAAGCCCAAGAACUGAAAUGGCCUCUCCUCUGGGCUCUCUCCUGGAGUGCCUACUGGGGAACACUGCCAUGUUAGCAGUCUCUUUAAAGAAUCCUUCUGACGAUGAAAUUGGCUUUGGAGUGGAGGCUUUGUUCUGUCUCUCUCUGGGCUUCUCUGUUUGGUGAAAAGCACUCAGGGCUGCACAGUGGUGCCCAGGGAGCUGGAGCAUGUUGGCUUAGGGGAGGGAAUGAGAAGGGAGACCGGAGUUUGGGGAGGGGGAGGCCGCCAGUUCCUUAUCGUCCAGCUUUAAAGACAAAGCUCCCAUUGACCCCCCCACCCCACUACCAGGGCUUGUCCCUCCAGUGAGGUCACUUUUCUAAGCCCAAAGCUCCGGGGUAGAGGGGAGUGCUGCUAAGGAUGGGGUGUCUGAGGCAGGAUGGGGCAGCCCCCUCCUCCUGGAUAGAAUUGCUUCAUUGUGGGCUGAACUGUGGCCCCGGGCACUGCCCCCACCCUCUGCCCCCAUCCCACCCUCUGCAGACACAAUAGGGGCUGUGUGCUAGCCCCAAAGAGAUGUUUAUUCCAGGGCCUAGAGAGAGGCAGGAUGGGGGCAGAGAAGUAAGUGCCUUAGUUGAGGAGAGGGUAAAUGUUCCUGCCUAAAGUGUCCUUUCCAGGGAGAAGAAAAGCCAAGCAUGUCUUACUUCUGUAUUAACCCCUCAGUGCCCAAAUUAGUGCCUGAAGGAGGCACAGUGGGGGCUCUGGUGGGAAAAGAGUCCACCUUCCUGUUUGGAACGUGUGUCCUGGGACUCUGAACGGACUGAGUGUGACCGGAGAUGCAGACAACCAGUACCAGACGCUGUACAAACUGUAUGAAAAGUGUGAGGUGGUCAUGGGUAACCUGGAGAUUGUGCUCACAGGACACAAUGCUGACCUUUCCUUCCUGCAAUGGAUCCGAGAAGUGACAGGCUACGUCCUCGUGGCCAUGAAUGAAUUCUCUGUGCUUCCCUUGCCUAACCUCCGAGUGGUCCGGGGAACCCAGGUCUACGAUGGGAAGUUCGCCAUCUUUGUUAUGUUGAACUACAACACCAACUCCAGCCAUGCUCUGCGCCAGCUCAAGUUCACUCAGCUAACAGAGAUUCUGUCAGGGGGCGUUUACAUUGAAAAGAAUGACAAACUUUGCCACAUGGAUACAAUUGACUGGAGAGACAUCGUGAGGGUUCGAGGCGCUGAGAUAGUGGUGAAGAACAAUGGUGCGAACUGUCCACCCUGUCACGAGGUCUGCAAGGGACGGUGCUGGGGUCCUGGACCGGACGACUGCCAGAUAUUGACCAAGACGAUCUGUGCCCCUCAGUGUAACGGUCGCUGCUUCGGGCCCAACCCUAACCAGUGCUGUCACGAUGAGUGUGCUGGGGGCUGCUCUGGACCUCAGGACACAGAUUGCUUUGCCUGCCGACGCUUCAAUGACAGUGGGGCCUGUGUGCCCCGGUGUCCAGAGCCUCUUGUGUACAACAAGCUAACGUUUCAGCUUGAACCCAACCCCCAUACCAAGUAUCAGUAUGGAGGAGUCUGCGUUGCCAGUUGUCCCCAUAACUUUGUGGUGGACCAGACGUUUUGUGUCAGGGCUUGUCCUCCUGACAAGAUGGAAGUAGAUAAGCACGGACUGAAGAUGUGUGAGCCUUGCGGAGGGCUGUGCCCCAAAGCCUGUGAGGGGACAGGCUCUGGAAGCCGCUACCAGACUGUGGACUCAAGCAACAUUGAUGGGUUCGUGAACUGUACCAAGAUCCUGGGCAAUCUGGACUUCCUCAUCACCGGCCUCAACGGUGACCCCUGGCAUAAGAUACCCGCACUGGACCCGGAAAAGCUCAAUGUUUUCAGAACAGUCCGGGAGAUCACAGGUUACCUAAACAUCCAGUCCUGGCCCCCUCACAUGCACAACUUCAGUGUUUUUUCCAAUCUGACAACCAUCGGGGGCAGAAGCCUCUACAACCGGGGCUUCUCCUUGUUGAUCAUGAAGAACUUGAAUGUCACAUCCCUGGGUUUCCGGUCCCUGAAGGAAAUCAGUGCUGGGCGUGUCUACAUAAGUGCCAAUCAGCAGCUUUGCUACCACCACUCUCUGAACUGGACCAGACUGCUUCGGGGGCCCUCGGAAGAGAGACUUGACAUCAAGUACAACCGGCCUCUGGGAGAAUGCUUGGCAGAGGGCAAAGUGUGUGAUCCACUGUGUUCCUCUGGGGGAUGCUGGGGCCCAGGCCCUGGUCAGUGCUUGUCUUGUCGAAACUACAGCCGGGAAGGUGUCUGUGUGACUCACUGCAACUUCCUGCAAGGGGAACCCCGGGAGUUUGUUCAUGAGGCUCAAUGCUUCUCCUGCCAUCCAGAAUGCCUACCCAUGGAGGGCACCAGCACAUGCAAUGGCUCGGGCUCUGACGCUUGUGCACGAUGUGCUCAUUUUCGUGACGGGCCCCACUGUGUGAACAGCUGCCCCCAUGGAAUCCUAGGUGCCAAAGGUCCAAUCUACAAGUAUCCAGAUGCUCAGAAUGAGUGUCGGCCCUGCCAUGAGAACUGCACCCAAGGGUGUAACGGACCAGAACUACAAGACUGUUUAGGCCAAGCAGAGGUGUUGAUGAGCAAACCUCAUCUGGUAAUAGCGGUGACGGUGGGACUGGCCGUGAUCCUCAUGAUUCUGGGAGGCUCUUUUCUGUAUUGGCGUGGACGCAGGAUUCAGAACAAAAGGGCUAUGAGACGCUACUUGGAGCGGGGUGAGAGCAUCGAGCCUCUGGACCCAAGCGAGAAGGCAAACAAAGUCUUGGCUAGAAUCUUCAAAGAGACAGAGCUGAGGAAACUUAAAGUGCUUGGCUCUGGCGUCUUUGGAACUGUCCACAAGGGGAUUUGGAUUCCUGAGGGUGAAUCCAUCAAGAUUCCAGUCUGCAUUAAAGUCAUCGAGGACAAGAGUGGGCGCCAAAGUUUUCAAGCUGUGACUGACCAUAUGCUGGCCGUUGGCAGCCUGGACCAUGCCCACAUUGUACGGCUGCUAGGACUGUGCCCAGGGUCAUCUCUGCAGCUUGUUACUCAGUACUUGCCCCUGGGCUCCCUCCUUGAUCAUGUGAAACAGCACCGUGAGACAUUGGGACCACAGCUGCUGCUCAACUGGGGAGUACAAAUUGCCAAGGGCAUGUAUUACCUCGAGGAACAUAGCAUGGUGCACAGGGACCUUGCGCUCCGGAACGUGAUGCUCAAGUCACCAAGUCAGGUCCAGGUGGCAGAUUUUGGUGUGGCUGACUUGUUGCCACCAGAUGACAAGCAGUUGCUACAUAGUGAGGCCAAGACUCCAAUUAAGUGGAUGGCCCUUGAGAGUAUCCACUUUGGGAAAUACACACACCAGAGUGAUGUCUGGAGUUAUGGUGUAACAGUUUGGGAGUUGAUGACCUUCGGGGCAGAGCCCUAUGCAGGGUUACGACUGGCUGAAAUACCAGACCUGCUAGAGAAGGGAGAGCGGUUAGCACAGCCCCAGAUCUGCACCAUUGACGUCUACAUGGUCAUGGUCAAGUGCUGGAUGAUUGAUGAGAAUAUUCGCCCAACCUUUAAAGAACUAGCCAAUGAGUUUACCAGGAUGGCCCGUGACCCACCAAGGUAUCUGGUCAUCAAGAGAGCGAGUGGGCCUGGAACACCUCCUGCGGCAGAACCCUCUGUUCUGACCACCAAAGAGUUGCAGGAGGCAGAGCUGGAGCCAGAACUGGACCUAGACCUAGACUUGGAGGCAGAGGAGGAGGGCCUGGCCACCUCCCUGGGUUCUGCUCUCAGCUUGCCUACGGGAACGCUCACCCGGCCACGUGGGAGCCAGAGCCUUUUAAGUCCCUCAUCUGGGUACAUGCCCAUGAACCAGAGCAGUCUCGGAGAGGCUUGUCUGGAUUCUGCGGUUUUGGGGGGUCGUGAACAGUUCUCCCGUCCCAUCUCUCUGCACCCAAUUCCACGGGGGCGUCCAGCAUCAGAGUCAUCAGAGGGCCACGUGACAGGCUCUGAGGCUGAACUCCAAGAGAAAGUGUCAGUGUGUAGGAGCCGAAGCCGGAGUCGGAGCCCGCGGCCUCGUGGGGACAGUGCCUACCAUUCGCAGCGACACAGCCUGCUUACUCCUGUGACCCCGCUCUCCCCACCAGGGUUAGAGGAGGAGGACGGCAAUGGCUACGUCAUGCCAGAUACACACCUCAGAGGUGCGUCCUCCUCCCGGGAAGGCACCCUCUCGUCGGUAGGUCUCAGUUCUGUGUUGGGUACUGAGGAGGAAGAUGAAGAUGAGGAGUAUGAAUACAUGAACCGGAAGAGAAGGGGUAGCCCUCCUCGGCCCCCCAGGCCUGGCUCCCUGGAAGAACUGGGUUACGAGUACAUGGAUGUGGGUUCAGACCUCAGUGCUUCUCUGGGCAGUACACAGAGCUGCCCGCUCCAUCCCAUGGCCAUCGUGCCCUCUGCUGGCACAACUCCAGAUGAAGACUAUGAGUACAUGAACCGGAGGCGUGGUGCGGGUGGCGCCGGAGGGGACUAUGCAGCUAUGGGGGCCUGCCCAGCAGCUGAGCAAGGGUACGAGGAGAUGCGAGCUUUCCAGGGGCCUGGACAUCACGCCCCCCAUGUUCGUUAUGCCCGCCUCAAAACUCUGCGUAGUUUAGAAGCCACCGACUCUGCCUUCGACAACCCCGAUUACUGGCACAGCAGGCUUUUCCCCAAGGCUAAUGCCCAGAGAACGUAAACUUCUGCUCCGUGACGCUCUGCGGGCGUGUGGCGGCAGCUAGUGCCUCUUCGAGGGUACCCCUUCCUCAUCCCUCUCUCUGAGGUCCCACCUCCAUUUCUCCAGUCCUGUACAAUGCCAUCCAGUUCCUAGAGACUUGUCAACAUAUCCCCGCAAACUUUGCGGUACGUAGCCCUGUGUGUCUCCUCUCCCAACCCCGUUCCUCCGCUUCCUCAGGGACUCUCCCUGGAGAUAUGAAGGAUUGCUCUCUGGACCCUUUUGCUCAGGUUCUUACUCAUGGGGAUUAGACUCUUAAACGUCGCCUUUCCUCCCCAUCAGACUCUGAAGAAGGGAAAUAGAGGAAAGUACACAUUUUAUGAGACUUUUAAUCCCAGGGGAAGAUUUAGAAGCUUAAAGCUUUGAGGAAUUAAAGUUAAGAGUAGAUACCAGUAACUAUGAACUGAACAUUUACUGUGAGUCAGGCACCUUCAUGCUGAACUCUGCCUACAGUGUCUCAAUUAUAAUCUUUCCAGUUUUGUGAGAUAGAACUGAUCCCACGUUUCACCAAUACAGACUCUUUUUGAGUGUUCCAAGAUAGCCAGUAGGCCCCUGAAUCUGUGAAUAAUAUUGAAUCCUGUGGUUUGUUUUUUUUUAACAUUUUAGUUGGUGUACAAAACUAAGUUCUGUGUUUAGUAACUUUUCCAUCUUAAAUAAGAACUUAUCGUUCUUUUUAGUUUGAGGUGCCACAGCAGAGGUUGUACUAAUUUUUCUAUUUUUCUAAUUUAAUGUAUUUUUAUUAUAGACAUUACCAUAUGAUCCCCUCCCCCAUGUGAAGUCAAGAACUUCCACCUUUUCUCAAAGAAAACGCUUCUCUUUGACAUGUCUGAGUUGGCAUGACUACUCCUGCACUUUGGGCCUGUUUUUAGAUAAAAUGGGUCUUUGAACACAAGUAGUAUGGUAUUGCUGUCACUCGAUCUAAUAAGCAGGUGGGUAAUUGAGUACAGAGCAAGUAGGUUAUUCAGUGUGGGCGCACUAGGCAGAGGGAUGAUUCAUCUACCAAGUGGGACAGGAAAGGGUGGCUGUGACUUCAUCGUGCUACUCAGAAUGGUGUACGAUGUAAACUGUAGGGAUUAUUUAUUUCAGGAACUUAUCAUUCAGCAUUUUCAGAUUGCAGUUGAUCACAGGUCACUAAGACUCUGGACAGACAGCAGAACCUCAGAAAAUGGGGGACUGAGCCUUGAAGAAAUAAAGCAACAGGUCCAGGAUUCAAAAUCUUCCCAUUUCUCAUACCUGUGCUUGUACUAUAAAGUGUUGUGUAAAGCUGGGUCUCACUCUGUCAACUGGCCUGAAACCAUGUAGCCCAGGAUGGCCUAGGACUCCACACACAGCAACCCUAGCUUCACCUUUUGAAGGCUGUGGCUACCAGUCACAUUUCUUUAUGCACUGAAUCAAGCAAAUGCUACCAGCCACUUUUCCUCCAGCACCCAGGCCUCUCAUCUCAGGAAGGAGUGGAGACUAGAUAGAAGGACAAGUAACCAGACAUGUUUGUGUAAGCCGCAGGCCAUACAUGUUGCAGAUACAUACUCCUUACAAGCCAAUUCGCAAAGGUUCCAAGACUUGUAUUUUAGGAGCUGUUCUCAACCAGUAAUGAGAUGGGAUAGAAAGAGGAUCCACCUUCAGACCUCAGUCUUCCUGGAUGGGAACUGGGGGGAAAAUGCUUCUUGUACCAUUAAAGUUUUUUUUUUAUACUGUCUAAAAA